UAUUUACAAAACAAAGGGAAGAUAGAGAGACAAGCUGAGUGAAACCGAAAACCUAGAUGGCUUUAUCCACUCUCACAAUCUUCAUCUUACCUGCAACUCUCUUCACUCUCCUCUACCUCACCACGAGCUCCUCUGCCACCUCCAUCUUCGACGUCAUCUAUAAGGGCUGCGCCAACCAGCAAUUCUCCGGCGACGGUGCCACCGCCCAGCAAACCCUAUCCUCCCUCUCGUCCACCUUGGUCUCCCAAUCCUCGAACAGCAAAUUCUUUAAAACCUCAUCUUCCGGCCAAUCACUCUUUGCCCUCUUUCAAUGCCGCGGCGAUCUCUCCUCCUCCGAUUGCUCCUCCUGCGUUGCUAAAGCCGUUUCCAUGUGGAGCUUAUUCUGCGGAGAUACCGUCGCCGCUCGUGUUCAGCUCGCUGGAUGCUAUGCGCUCUACGAAAUUGCCGGAUUCCCGCAGGUCUCUAGCACGCAGAUGCUUUACAAGACGUGCGGAUCGGGGGAUGGAGGAGGGGAAGGGUUUGAGGAGAAGAGGGAUACGGCGCUCUCGAGACUGCAGAGCGGGGUGACCGCCGGCGGUGGUUUCUACGCCACUAGCUACCAGUCUGUGUACGCCAUGGCGCAGUGCCAGGGAGAUCUCUCUUCGGCGGAUUGCGGUGAGUGCGUUGAGCAAGCGGUUCAGAAAUCGCAAGUCGAGUGUGGCGGCGCUAGCUCCGGCCAAUUAUACCUCGAUAAGUGCUAUAUUAGCUAUAGUUACUACCCUAAUGGAGUUCCCAAUGGCGGAAGCGGCGAAGAUGGAGGGGGAGGACGAGGAGGUCAGCACACAGGGAAGACGGUUGCCAUAGUGGUGGGAGGAGCUGCAGCUCUGGGAUUCCUGAUUUCUGAAGUCCUUGCUGCUGAAAGCAUGAAUUUCAUGCGGGAGACAGGAAGCUUUCGGCGAUUUUCAUCAGCCAUGCGGAGUUAUCUAUCAUCAAGAGAACUGAGAGGAUAUAAGGAAAAGCAUUUGGUUCUCCCAAUUUGGACAAACUAGACGAAAAGGCGUAGUGAGAGAUUGAUGGGAUUUUAACUGUGAAAAUGUUCUCAUGUAUAUAUUAUUGGCAAAGAAGGUUCGAUGUUAAUAUUUUGGAAGCAAUUGAAAUAAUGGAUGUAUAGCUACGACGAUUCAUCGCGUUUCUUUAAAAUAAAAUUGUGGAAGGAAAAUUUGUGAGAGAUUUCUUGUAAAUUGAAAUUGACAUGGAAGCAGCACUUUGACAUCUUUCUGCUUCGAAAUUUUUAUAUUUUUAUGAGAUUUUUUUUUA